AUGCUCUUGAGAACAUCUGUUUUGGAGAAUGUGGAUGGGUCUGCCGAACUCACCAACGGCCGUACCAAGGUGUUGGUGUCUGUGAGUGGUCCUAUAGAACCCAAAAUCAAGCAGGAACUCCCAAAUUUAGCAAGUUUGGAAAUUAUAUUGAGACCUUCGAUUGGCACCGCCAAUACCAGAGAAAACCUAUUAACUGACAAGUUGAGAUCCAUAUUAUCAAGUCUCAUUAUAAGGCACAAGUAUCCCAGGCAACUCAUCCAGGUGGUCGUACAGGUGUUGAGCCUCGAGACUGACGCCGUCGUUAUCAACAAUUUUGAAAAUACCGUGGACGAUUUGAAGGUAUUUAACAUUGAAUUUACAGACAUCAUCAAUUGCUGUUACUUUGCAUUGUUGGACUCCAAUAUCUUCUUGUAUGAGUCGUUCAUCGGCGUGAGCCAAUCUGUUCUGGAGGAUAAGCUGAUUAUAAAUACUCCUGAACUUUCUGACCUUAUACACUCAAAAUCCCACCAUUUGUUGGUGUUUUCGAUUGUUGAUAGUAAGCCAAGCAAAAUCGUCUACGCUGAUUCAAAGGGUGAGUUUAGCAAACAGGAGUUGUUUGAAGUUAUGGAUAACGGGUUCAAAAUUGCAGGUGCCAAUUUUACUGAGUUCAGACAACUUGUGGAGAAGAAGAUAGAGGACGACUUUGUGUGGAAGCAAGAGGCAUAA